UGUCCCCAUAUUGAACACAACCAACUCUUAGAAAAAAUUUCCCUUACUCUUGGAGAUGGAAAUGUAUCUUCCAAUCCUCUUUGUCGUUUCGCUUCUCUUCUCCUACUCUCACAGUUCAGUGCUAGACUUCUGUGUGGCAGACUUGUCAAUGCCCGAUGGACCUGCUGGCUACUCUUGCAAGAAACCUGCUAAUGUGACGGUUAAUGAUUUUGUUUAUUCAGCAUUAGCCAUUACUGGUAACACUAGCAAUUUUAUCAAAGCUGCGGUUACACCAGCAUUUGCAGAUCAAUUUCCGGGUGUGAAUGGGCUUGGCCUUUCCAUGGCACGUAUAGAUCUAGCCGUGGAUGGAGUUGUGCCAAUCCACACGCACCCUGGAGGUUCAGAAAUCCUAUUUGUGGUGGAAGGAACAAUUUGUGCCGGAUUCAUAUCUUCUUCGGCCAACACUGUUUAUUUUAGAACUCUUUACAAAGGGGAUGUUAUGGUUUUCCCACAAGGGUUAUUGCAUUUUCAAUUUAAUUCUGGAAAUACAUCGGCUCUUGCGAUUGUUGGCUUCAAUAGCCCAAGCCCGGGUGUCCAAAUCACUGAUUUUGCGUUGUUUGGCAACAAUUUGCCUUCUGCAUUGGUGGAGAAGGUAACUUUCCUUGAUCAUGCUCAGGUCAAGAAGCUCAAGGCUGUUUUUGGUGGAACUGGUUAAGAAAGGCAUGUUGAGAAUAUAAUAUAAAUAAUGUAACCACGUGUUUGACCUGUUAUGAAGAAAACCUCGGUCACACGUGAGGAGACAUAUUAAGAAUAUAAUAUAAAUAAUAAAGUUUACUACAGGUAUAAUUUGUUGUUGCUCUAUUUCUUUUGUUUUCUUCAUUUGAUCAUGGAAAUGGGUUUAGUACAAGACUGCAAAUUAUCAGAAAAAUAUAAAUAGAAUAAAGCGUGAGUCUUUUUGGCUAUA